GUAUGACAGUCAGCAAUUACGGAUAUACAGUAAAGUUGCUUCACUUUGCAUGUGUCACAAGAACAGAGUCGCUGUAAAUUGGUGAAAGUGGAUUACAUGGACAAUGCUGAGGAUGAAGAAUGUGUCUGGAGAGCUCUGUUUGCUGGCAUGUUUAAUCCUGACUAUAGACUUGACUUUGGGUUUGGGGCCAAACAAAGACAUGGAGUUUACAUUUCUACUAUCUGCCGGCAGCACGGAGUGUUUUUUCCAAACUGCAGCGAGGAACGACAGCCUGGAAGUUGAAUACCAGGUGAUAGCUGGUUCAGGUCUGGAUGUUGGCUUCGUCCUGGUCUCACCCAGCGGAUACCGGCUGGCCUCCGACUUCAGGAGGUCCGAGGGCCUUCACACGGUGGACCAAACAGAAAACGGGGACUACCGGCUGUGUUUCGACAACAGCUUCAGUAAACUGUCAGAGAAGAUGGUGUUCUUUGCGGUGAUCCUUAAUAGACAGAGCAGUGGUGCAUAUGGAGGCCAAAAUGAGUGGGUGGAGGAAAGCAUGGUGGAGUACAAACUGGAGGACAUCAGGGUGAGCAUGGACUCUGUGCACCGGAACCUGGAGAGGAGCCGCCAGGUCCUGACCGUGCUGCGGACGCUGGAGGCGCGGGACCGCUACCUGCUGGAGGACAACCUGUGGCGCGUGUCCUUCUGGUCCUGCCUCAACAUGUUCGUCAUCCUCACCGUCGCUGUCACUCAAAUAUACACGUUGCGACGGCUCUUCGACGGCACCAAGCGGGUCUGCACGUAAACACAACGCGACGUCACCUCCAGCCGAGAGAGAGAGAGAGAGAGAGAGAGAGAAAAAGUUUGACCCAUAACCCUAAAGUGACUUAAGCCUCGUGAGCUGGAUUUUAAAACUUUAACUG